GACUUUUCUUUUUUGCAAAAUUUCAGAGGCUGUGCAAAGGAAUUUCACACAAAAAAAAAAAGAUCCUUUUGAAAGCCACAUUGCUUUGAAGAAAAUCCAAUUUUUUUUUAUUAAAUAAAGUAUAUAAUUCAUUAUCUUCCAUUUUCUUCUUUAAAAUUGAAUUGCCAUUCUAAUUUUCAUUCCCAAAACAUCUAGUCUAGAAGUUGUAAGAAAAAAAAGUAGAAAAAAAUGGGUGGCGAUGCUAAACUCCUGGAUACCACCCAAGUUAUCAAUGGUUUAGCUGUUCUACUCUCAUUUUUUGUCGGCUAUAAGUAUGCCAUUAAAAAGCAUAUAACAGAAGCUGACGAAGACAAAGAAGGUUGUUCCAAAGACGAAGCUAGUUCCACUGGUGUAAUGUCUUUUUCAGACUUUUCGGAUAACUACAAAAUGGUUCUUGUAGUUCGAAAUGAUUUAAAGAUGGGAAAGGGCAAAAUUGGCUCCCAAUGCGGGCAUGGAGCUGUUGGAGCUUAUCAAAAGUCAAUGAGACACAAACCCAAUCUUGUGCGAGCGUGGGAACGAACUGGUUGUGCUAAAAUAGCUUUAAAGGUUGAAAGUGAAAGAGAAUUACAAACAAUUCGUAGAGCUGCCGAAGCAAAUGGUUUGAUUUGUUGCGUCAUUCAUGAUGCCGGUCGCACACAAAUCGAACCCAAUUCCAAGACUGUGUUGGCCAUUGGACCAGCUGCUGCUAGUGAUAUUGAUAAAGUCACAGGUCAUCUUAAGCUUUUGUAAAGCGCAAAAACACUUUGUGACAAUUCCAAGUUGAAUUCAAAAUCAACUUCCUUUUGACGAAUUUUCAAACGUAAGGUACCUCUAAAACAAUUCAAUUUAAGGGAGCACGUGUCGUCGUCGUUUCACCACCAGUUAGCACGGACAUUAUGGAUUUACAUAGAUUCACAUUUAAUUCUUAAGACUUUUUCUCACUGUUACAUUUUUUUUUUUUUUAACUUAACAAAUCAUAAAUUGGCUUUUUGAAGUCACGAAAUAAUAAUAAUAAUAAAAAAAAAGCACAGCAUUGUAAU